GCGAGAGGAGCGUCCGCCGCGGAGAGACACGAAGCGGCCAUUGCGGGGACCGUUGGACUGAGGAUUACUGGAUUUUGUCAAAACACAGAUGAGCAGAACAGUACUUGUAACUAAUAUUCUUGGAUCUAACACACAAGUCAACCUUCUGUAACCUGCUGAAAUUUCAGCUUAUGUAAAUGAGCUAAGGCUGGUUGGUUUUAUUUGACGCGUUCAUGAAGAGGGUGGAUAAGCUUGAUGGACAUAGACAAAUGAGACCAAAAACAUUCCCUGCCAGCAACUUUUCUGGGAGUAGCCGGCAGAUGUUGCAGGAAAUCCGGGAAAGUCUCAGACAUUUGCCUAAACCAUCGGGAGAUGCUGGAAGCACUGAUCAAAGUAUGAUGAAAUUGAGCACAGAAGAUUCAAGACAACAAGGACGGAAUGCUCUUAAAGUUGUGACUUACCAAAAAGCCUUACAGGAGAUCCGAAAUUCUUUGCUGCCAUUUUCAAAUGAGUACAGUUCAUCAGGUCGUGGAUCUGCUGAUGUAAACAAACAGAUGUUACAGGACUUGGUGACUGCAGGUUUUGAUGAGGACAUGGUAGUGAAAGCUCUCAGGAAGACCAACAGUCGCAGUAUAGAGGCUGCUAUUGAACACAUCAGUAAGAUGAGUUACCAGGAUACCAGGCGAGAGCAGAUGGUCGCUGCAGCUGCAAGACCAGUGAAUGCGAGCAUGAAGGCAUCAGGAUCCAACACUGUUCAGCAAACAGUAAAUCGGAGACCAAGUUGGAAGGGUUCUAAAGAAUCAUUGGUUGCACAGCGACAUGGUCCAUCGUUGAUGGAGGGCAUGGGAUAUCGUGCAGAAAGCCCUAUCUCCCAGUUAGAAAUAGGUCGGCCAUUGUCUUCAAGUUCUGGAAUGACUGCAUAUACCCAAAGUCAUUCAGGGAAUGGACAGGGGUCUUUGGGAGCAGUGAACUCUCAGAGAGCAAAUCCCCCCCCACCACUUCCAGUGAGAAGUGUAACCCCACCACCACCUCCCCCUAGAGGGCAGACUCCACCCCCACGUGGCACCACUCCUCCCCCAGCCUCAUGGGAGGGGAGCCAGCAACCAAAACGUUUCUCUGGAAACAUGGAAUAUAUGAUCACGCGGAUAUCUCCUGUGCCGCAAGGAGCCUGGCAGGAUGGGUUCCCAUCGUCCAACCUCGGUGCUGCCUCUAUGAUGAAUCCACCGCCCCAAGGCCAGCGAGGAAUAAGUCCCAUUCCACUUGGUAGACAACCUAUUAUUAUGCAAAACACUACCUGCACUAAAUACAGCUACCCAGCAGGCAGAACAGGGCAUCAGAAUGGAUCCGCGCAGGCAGAUGGAUCCAUGGGUGGACACUUUGUGCCUCAUCAAAAUGUGAUGGGUGGGAACCCUGUGAGUCGUCAGCCACCUCCUUACCCUCACUCUCAAGCUAGUCGACAAAGCCCCAGUGCCUUACAAAUGCAAGCAGGAGGGGCUGCUGCUUCCAGUUACAGCAGCAACCUGAAUGGGAAUGUUUCACAGUCUGUCUUGGUGCCGAACAGAAACAGCCAGAACAUGGAUCUUUAUAACAUCAGUGUGACUGGGAUGGCAUCUUCAUGGCCACAGCCUCCUCCAACGCAACCCCAGUCUGUGGCUUGUCCUCCAGAAGUGCCUAACUGGCACCCUCCUCAAAAUUUGAAUGCACCUGUAAGAUCCAACUCUUUCAAUAAUCACCUUCUAUCCAGCCGGCAGCCCCAUUCCAACUCACAACCGUCUGCUACCACCGUUACUGCCAUCACUCCUGCUCCCAUUCUACAGCCUGUGAAAAGCAUCCGUGUACAGAAACCUGAACUGCAGACUGCACUUGCCCCCACUCACCCUCCCUGGAUGCAGCAGGCUCCUCCUGUUCCUGAGGGUCCUAACUUGGGCGAAGCUCCAAGUUAUCAGCCUCCACCUCCGCCAUAUCCCAAGCACUUGCUUCAGCAGAACCAGCCUGCACCACCUUAUGAUUCCAUAGCUAAAGCCAGCAAAGAUGAGCAGGCAGCAAAACCAGCCACAAUGUUUUCUCAAAGCACAGAAGAGGAUGAGCCUGAGAAGGUUGAAAAUGACCUUCACGAACGCCUCGAUGCUGUGGAGAAGGAAAAGAAACAGAUUACAACCUCGCCUGUCCCAGUGCGGAAAAACAAAAAGGAUGAGGAGCGUAGAGAGUCACGAAUUCAGAUUUACUCCUCACAGGCAUUUAAAUUCUUCAUGGAACAACAUGUGGAGAAUGUGCUCAAGUCUCAUCAGCAAAGGUUGCAUCGCAAAAAGCAACUGGAGAACGAAAUGUCAAGGGUUGGAUUAUCAAAAGAUGCCCAAGACCAGAUGCGCAAGAUGUUGUGCCAGAAAGAGUCUAAUUACAUUCGCUUAAAAAGGGCAAAGAUGGAUAAGUCCAUGUUUGUGAAGAUCAAGACCUUGGGAAUAGGUGCAUUUGGAGAAGUCUGUCUAGCUCGGAAAGUAGAUACCAAUGCAUUGUAUGCCAUGAAGACACUGAGGAAGAAAGAUGUGUUGCUGCGUAACCAGGUUGCUCAUGUGAAAGCUGAGCGGGAUAUCUUGGCAGAAGCUGACAAUGAGUGGGUGGUUCGACUCUAUUAUUCAUUCCAGGACCGAGACAACCUUUACUUUGUGAUGGACUACAUUCCAGGAGGAGAUAUGAUGAGUCUCCUUAUAAGAAUGGGCAUCUUUCCAGAACCUCUAGCACAGUUCUACAUUGCUGAGCUGACCUGUGCCGUGGAAAGUGUCCACAAAAUGGGCUUCAUUCAUAGGGAUAUUAAACCUGACAACAUCCUGAUUGACCGAGAUGGCCACAUAAAACUGACUGACUUUGGGCUCUGCACAGGUUUCCGAUGGACCCAUGAUUCCAAGUAUUAUCAAAGUGGUGACCAUCCUCGGCAGGACAGCAUGGAUUUCAGUAAUGAAUGGGGUGAUCCCAAGAGCUGUAAGUGUGCAGAGAGACUGAAACCACUGGAGCGAAGAGCAGCUCGGCAACAUCAGCGCUGCUUGGCACAUUCCCUGGUGGGCACACCUAAUUACAUUGCACCAGAAGUCCUGCUCCGUACAGGUUACACCCAAUUGUGUGAUUGGUGGAGUGUGGGUGUCAUUCUUUAUGAAAUGUUGGUGGGACAGCCUCCUUUCUUGGCACAAACUCCAUUGGAAACGCAGAUUAAGGUCAUAAACUGGCAGACAACACUUCACAUCCCACCCCAGGCUAAGCUUAGCCCCGAAGCAUCUGAUCUUAUUAUCAAGCUUUGUCGCGGCCCUGAAGACAGGCUCGGAAUGAAUGGCACAGAUGAAAUAAAAGCCCAUCCAUUUUUCAGGCAAAUUGAUUUCUCCAGUGAUAUCCGGCAUCAGUCAGCUCCAUACAUUCCAAAGAUAACACACCCAACAGAUACGUCCAAUUUUGAUCCCGUGGAUCCUGACAAAUUAUGGAGUGAUGAUAAUGAUGGAGAAAAUGUUAAUGACACACUCAAUGGCUGGUAUCAGAAUGGGAAGCAUCCAGAACACGCCUUCUACGAGUUUACAUUCCGGAGAUUUUUCGAUGAUAAUGGCUACCCUUAUAGCUACCCUAAACCAUUGCAGUGCGAUUAUCGUAGUCUAGAAGCGCCCGGGCAUCAGACAGAAAGUAACGAAGAAAACACUGUUUCAGGAAAAGGGAGCCAGAAUCGAGAACUGGUCUAUGUAUGAAUGAAAGUCUUUUUUUAAGGAAAAGCCCCUUUGUUGUUUAAUUCCCAGGGAUGGAUUUUUAGCUUUUACUUGAUGCUUUCAUGUUUUGGUUCUCAAGAACUUACAGAAAAAUAUAUUUUGUAAGUAUUAAUUUAUUUGAAUGUUGUAAUUUGAAUCCUUCAGUUACGUGUGAAUGAAUAGAACAUUGACUUUAGUACCUAACACUAGAGUUAAAAAUCAAUUGGAUCAUGUGAUCAAUAGCCUGUCAGUAACGUUGGCCUUGUACGUGACUUCAUUCUCCAAUACACUGUCUAUAUCAUUACCUUAAGUGCUCCCUUCUUCUUGGAGAGUUUCACAUAUGUGAAGUGCAUACUAGAUACCUGUACGUUUUUCAUCAAAAGAUAUCAGGUGUUAUUUUCCAAGGUUCACUCCCAGUACAGAACUUUGCUUUAAGGAGAGUACGGUUAAAGAUCAAUAGCAUGGGGCUUGCUGCAUAUCCAGCAGUAAAGCUCUAUACUGAGAGUGGGCAGAGAUGCACCAAGGUUAAAUCUGUUGACCAAUGUUUCUGUCUAGUCAGCUCACAUACUGUUUCUAGAUGUAGGACUUUUAACACUAAGUACAAUCUGUGCCCACACUGCGGCUGCAGAGGGCUGUAACACUAUACAAUCUAUUCUGUUCUCACAUGGGGAGUAGGGAAAGACCCUUAACACUAUGUGCCCUAUUUUGUACCAUGCUGAGAAGGGGCGGAGUGGGGGGAGAUGGCUGUAACACCACUGUGGGACCUAUGCUUCUAUCCAGUGAAGUUGUCCCUAUUUGGGAUGGAUCCAUACUGAAUGACCCAUUAUCCGUCUGAAGCCUAGGAAAUGGUCUUUAACGGUGUGCCUUAAAACAUCCUGCUUAGCUUUGACCAAAUAUGAAGAAAUCAUUUUGGUGUAAUUUACAUGAAAAUAAUUCUCUUUUAGAAGCAUAUAGAAUGCAGGUUAUUAGCUUUCUAUUUUUUCUAAUUUAUGCAUUGAAUUUAUUUAUAAAUUAUACAUGUUGUAUAAACAUUUAAUUUGUCAGUAAAUACUUUCAUUCUCAUUUUAUUUCCAAUGACAUUAAAUCUAAGAUCAUUUUCAAACUUGAUGAUUGACUGUAUUUUUAAUAAUCUAGAUUCAAAAGAAUUAGUGUUCAUUUGUCAUCUUAUAGCACAAUACAGUUCAAUUUCACAUUGUCACUGAGUCAGAAUCCUGGAAUUUCAUACCUAUCAACACUGUGGGACUUGUUUGCUCCAGAGGGCAGCAUUUCCUGUUCUUGGAUUUCCAGAAGGUGCCACAUCAGAGGUUGUUGUGGAAAAUUAAGGCUCAUGGUAUGGGAGCUAACAGUGGCAUAUAACUGGGUGACUAACAGGAAACACAGUUGCCAUAAAGGGGUCUUUGUAUGGUUGCCAAGAAGUAGUAAGUGGUAUGCCACAGGGAUUGCUGCUAGGGACUCCUUACAAUUUAUAUAAAUGACUUGGAUGAAGGCACUGAACAUAUCAUUGCCACAUUUGCCAAAUAAAGUUGUGAAGACAAGGGAUGCAAAUUCUUUAUGUGGGAAAAGAUGUGGCAAACAGUAUAAUAUGGGAAAACAUUUUGGCAGAAAAAAUGAGAAAGCAUACUACCUAAGUGGUAAGAAAUUGCAAAGUUUGGAUGCAGAGGGAUCAAGGCAAUCCUAGUACAUGAUUCGCAAAAUACUUGUAUGCAGGUAGUGAUUAGGAAAGCUAAUAAAAUGUUAGUUUAUUACAAGGGGUAUUAAAUACAGAAGUUGGAAGGUUAUACUUCAGUUGUAAAGGGCAGUAUACUGUGCACUGGACUCACUUGAUAAGAUACCUUUAUUAGUCACAUGUACAUAGAAACACACAGUGAAAUCCAUCUUUUGCAUAGUGUUUCGGGGGCAGCCCGCAAGUGUCGCCACGCUUCCAGCACCAACAUAGCAUGCCCAUAACUUCCUAACCUGUAUGUCUUUGGAAAGUGGGGGGAAACCCACAUAGACACGGGGAGAAUGUACAAACUCCUUACAGUGGCCAGAAUUGAACCCAGGUCGCUGGCACUGUAAAGCAUUACGCUAACCACUAGAGUGUUAAUGCGUUGAAUGCAUUUUAGAAAAGGUUUACUUAACUAAUACUUUGUCUGGCUGUCUUCUGAGAAAUGGUUUGACAUGCUAGGUGUGUAUCUACUGACAUUUAAGGGUAAGAGGCAUUUUGAUUAAAACAAAUUUCUGAGGGGUUUUGAAAGGGUGGAUGUGGAAGAUAUUGCAUGUUGUGGGAAAACCUCAAAUGAGGGGUCAAAUUAAAAGGGGUUGCACAGUUAAGACAAAUGAGAUAGGCUUUAUUUUUCCUCUGAAGGCCUACGCCUUUGGAAUUCUUCCUCAAAGGAAGCAGAGGUACAUUGAUUCUUGAUAAGGGGGUGAAAGGUUAUCACAUGUAGACAGAUGCCAAAUUAGGAUUACCAUCAGAGCAGCCUUGAGCUGAUUAAAUGGUGGUUCAGACUCAAGGAUCCACAUGGCUGUCUGCUCCUGAUCCAUGUUUGAAUCUACUGACACCUGAAAUUAAGAUGUGUUUUUUU